CACGGCACCAGGAACCUUAGGGUCCCAGCUCCGCCGCAGGGAUGAUGACAAUGACCUUCAGGAAGAAGCCGCCACCCUCCCAGGCCUUCUCCCAGGACCUGCCCUGCAGCUUCUGCGUCUCCCCGCUGGGGCAGGCGCGCCCAGCCCAGGAAUUCACCACUCGCUGGCACCUAAGUUGCCGGCGGCUGCAGCUCGUCCAGCCUCUCAGGUGUUCACUCCGCAGCCUGAGCCCUGCCUGAGGCCACCACUGCCGGCACCAGAUGGGAUCACGGCGGCGCUGACCUCCAGAGCCACCAGAACCCCUAGACCGCCGGCCCACCGGAGUCCACAUGGAGGCGCAGGGACACGAAGACCCGGGGGGCGCGCUGCGGGAACUGGCAGAAAAUCUGUUUCAGGAACUUCAAGAACAUUUUCAAGCUCUGACUGCAACAUUAAACCUCAGAAUGGAAGAAAUGGGAAACCGCCUGCAGGACUUGCAGAGGAAUGUAAAUGACUUAAUGGUGCAAGCCGGGAUCAACAGUGCUAUCAAAGAACAAAUGACAGGAGUGAGCUCUCUGGACACCUGUGACCCGGAUGAUGGAAUGUCGGCGCUAAUUGAUACGAAGCACCCCGUUCACUCACCUUGAUGCUGGUGUACGUUCCAGUUUAAAUCUCAAUUUCCAAGUCUGGACAGAUAACUGCUACUACCUGCUCAGGAGCUGUCAUGAGGGCCACAUGAGGGGUCAAUUUCCUACCUGGCACUGUGCCUGGCCUAAGUGUUCCCCUAUCACUGGACACUGUUGUUGUUUCCACUUUUGCUACAAAUGACAGCAAUGGUCUCCCGAAGGGUCAGUUACUGAGAACAGUGGGACCAUCUGACAUUCGCUCAUCAGGCUCUUCACAUAAUGCCAGCCACGUUCCUCAGGGUGAUGCCAACUCUACCACCUGAACAUUACAAUGUCCAGCACACCCCAACUUCAGCUCCUUUUUAAUUUUCUGUCUCUGAUAUACCUAAAAACGAUAGCUUACUUAACCACUGGAAUUUCUUAUUUUUUCAAGUUCUUUUCCCGUUUACUCACAAGAACCAUCUUUUUAAACAGUACUGUAACCAUAUUUGCCAUAUUUAAAUACAUUUUGCCUACUAUUAGUAAUGUUCACUGGUUAAGUAGUAUAUUAUUAAUCCAAGAAUCACAUGUACAAAUUCAUUUUUAUUAUCAAGUUAUUUUUGAAAUGCAUAUUCUUUGGUCAUCUACAACAGUAAAUAUCCUUUCCACCUCUGCUGCCCACACAUUUGAUGAGCACACCUUUUUCUUCAGCAAGUCAGUGAUCAACCACCACUCAGCCCUCUGUAUGGUGGUCCUCCCCAGUUGAGAGCCUAUCUAAUACACCAGAAAAAUGUUCUGGGCUGUCAAUUGGUUAAUUAUUACAUUGCUAUUUAAUUCAUUUUAAAUCCAUCAAAAGAUUACAUGGUAACUUUAUUUUCUAAAACUAUGUGUUCUGCCUGGCUAGUGUUGCUCAGCUGUUGAGCAUCGACCUAUAAACCAGGAUUUCAUGGUUCAUAGGAUUCCCAGUCAGGACAUUUGUCCAGGUUGCAGUC